AUGUCUUCCUCAGCCAAAAUCCUACUCAUUCUCGGCGCCGGCAAAAACAUCGGCCAUGGCGUUGCGAACAAGUUCAGAUCCGCCGGCUAUCGAGUCGCCCUUGUAUCUCGAAGCGCAGAGGACCGAAAGACAAACCCAGAUGGCGACCUGACCCUCAAGGCGGACCUUAGCAAACCCUCUUCAGUUACGGCCAUCUUUGGGGCAGUCAAAGAGCUGCUUGGUGGACCCCCAAACGUCGUGGUUUACAACGCGGCUGCUCUCACUCCGCCAACAGACCUUCAGAAUCCCUUCACGGUCCCGCUCGAAAGCUUUGAGCAGGAUCUGAACGUUCUCAACACCAGCGCCUAUGUCGCUGCUAGGGAAUCUGUUUCUGGUUUCGAAGCCAUCUCAGCAGACAUCCCUAGGGCUUUCAUCUACACCGGUAAUGGCCUUGCGGGCGCCACGGCGCCUAUUCCUCUCUUCGUCACCCUAGGAACUGGCAAGAGUGCGGCAAGCUACUGGAUUGGCUCAGCCUCUGGGUUUUACAAGGAAAAGGGUUACAACUUCUACUACGCUGACGAACGUAACUCCGAGGGAGGUGGUGUUCCAUUGGACAAGCUUUCAGGUGUAGGAGCUGGUGAAUUCUACUGGGAGCUCGCGGAGAAGAAGCAGGAUAUCCCAUGGUUUGCGACGUUUGUUGCUGGCAAAGGUUAUGUGCACUUUCCCAACUCAAGCAGGACAUAG